AUGAGGACGUCCGUUCGUUUAGCGCUCAUCUGCGCCUCUCUUCAUUUUGCGAAUGCUGCUGUUCACUUCCCUUUUUCUAAGCAGAAGAUCGGUGGGAUCAGGAGUGCCGCUGGCUCCAAACCUCGAUCGGUCAGCUCGAGCCUCUCGUAUCACGACUCGACUUAUGUCGUGAAUGUGACUGUGGGCACCCCUGGCCAACCUGUUUCACUGCAGCUCUCGCCAUCUGCCUCGGACACAUGGGUCAUCGACGAGCGCUCGGGAUAUUGCACGUAUUCGGAGUAUGUGAGCACUGGGGAGGGAGAAGAUGAUUAUGACUAUGUCACCGUCAACAAUUGCUUAUGGGGCACUUUCUCCCCUGGCAACUCAAGUACCUACACCCUCAUCGACACAGGUGACGACGACGACUAUUAUUAUGACGAUGGUUCCUUCUCCGGAAGUACCAAUGAAGGCUCCUAUGCAGAGGGCGAAUACAUCAGCGAUGUCCUCACCGUUGGUGGGAUGAGCGUGUCUAACUUGACCAUGGGGCUGGUGAACUAUACCUAUGGCGGCAUGUUCACAUCGACAUAUAUCGGCGUCCUCGGCAUCGGUUACAAUGACAGCUCGUACGACAACCUCCCCAACCGCCUCCAGGAAGAAGGCCUCAUCAACAGCACCGCGUACUCGAUCUGGGUGGACGACGAGACCGCGAGCUCGGGGAACCUGCUCUUUGGAGCCAUCGAUACGACCAAGUUCGAUGGCAACCUGACGCGGCUGCAGUCGGAAUACUCGUAUUACAUGAUGAUGAUCCAGGUCAUCGGCAUCAACGGGUCGACAAGCACCAGCGGCGGCCCGAUCGCGAUCACAGACGAUCAGGACGACGACGAUUCAGAUUCGUCAGGAACUUACUACAGUGACGAAUAUCUGUUCACAGCCAUCUACAGCCCGCCAGAUACCGUCUCGACCCUUCCCACCACCAUUGCCACGCAGAUCUGGUCCAUGUCUGGAGCUUAUUUCCACUCGGUGCUCGAGAUGGCCGUCAUCUCGUGCGAUGCCUCGAGCGACACCACGACCAACUUUACCCUGCAGCUCGGCGGCGAGGGAAGUCUGGGUCCCAUCAUCACCACAUACAUGUCCGAUCUCGUGAUUCCCGAGACCGACGUGAAUGUUACAGCGUUAAUAGCCGAGUACACCUAUUACGACGAGGAUGAGGACGAAACCGACACGACCAACUUGUGCCUCUUUGGCGUGCAAAACUACACCGCCUCGUCCUACACCCUGGGCAGCACGUUACUGCGACGCACCUACAGCGUCUUCGACCUCGUCAACAACGAGGUGGCCAUCGCACCGGUCAAGUUUGACGCCACCGCAACAAGCAACAUCGUCCCGUUCACGAGCUACGGCGCCACCGUGCCAUCGUCGACGCUUUUCUGCUCCUACUCCGAGUGUUAUGCCGAUUCGGGCAGCGGCACGGGUACUACCUAUGGCCCGGGGUCUGAGGAUGGAAGCAGUAACGAAACAGCAGGCCUCUCGAGUGUGCUGCCGUUCGGUGCCCUGAUCGGUAUGAGCAUCGGCAUCGCCGCUGCUUGUCUUGCCCUGGGACUUGCCAUCUUCUUCAUCUGGAGACACCGCAGCAACAAGAAGAUGGCUGCCAAGAAUGACGCCGAGUCGGGGGCUAACAGCGGCGAGGCUACUGUCUUCAUGUCGCCCGCCCACGCUGCUCCUGCAGCCGCUCCUGAGAUGGCACAAGCCCCUCAAGCAGCAGCAGCAGCUCCCACUGUGGACAAGGGGAAGGCUCCAGAGCAGGCUGCGCCUUUACCGCCUGUUUCUGAGGAAGGACGAACGACGGCGGAGGCGGCCGGUGAAGGCGCAGAGGAACAUGAGGCGUCACGGGCUGCUGAGACCUCGGCACCUGCGCCUCAUGUCGCGGACCCGGGUGAAUCGUCCUCAAGUCGUCUUGACUAG